AUGUCUUUGGUUAACGUAGAGACAAGAGAAAUUGAAGUCGCUAAACUAAAUUAUUAUCAAAGCAGUACUGAAAGGGGUUAUAAUGUAGAAGAAAGAGAAGCACAUAACAUUGCGAUGGGUGAAGUACAUCCACACAUGAUUCCAAAAUUCGAAAACAAGUACGAAGAGAGGAAAUGGGCAUUAGAGCACAUGGCAGCUGCAUUUAGAUAUUUUGCAAGAGAAGGUUAUUGUGAGGGAACUGCUGGUCAUAUCUCUGUUAGAGACCCUGUUGAUCCAAACACCUUCUGGAUUAACCCUCUAGGUAAACAUUUUAAGUUAAUGAAGGCUAUCGAUAUGGUCCAUGUUGAUGAAGAUGGUAACAUCCUUAGUGAUGGUCCUAAAUGUGCAAUCAAUGCGGCUGGUUUUGCUAUCCAUUCUGCUUUACAUAAAGCCAGACCUGAUGUUAAUGCUGCAUGUCACACACAUUCUGUUUACGGAAAAGCGUACUCUGCUUUUGGUAAACCAUUGGAAAUGCUUAACCAAGACGUGUGUACGUUCUAUAAAAGUCACAGUGUUUACAAGAACUUUGGUGGUGUUGCCAUCGAAGCUUCUGAAGGUAAGGAAAUUGCUGAAGCUGUUGGUAACGGUAAGGGUGCUAUUCUUCAAAAUCAUGGUCUCAUCACAGUCGGUUUCACCGUGGAUGAGGCAGCAUACUUAUUUGGAUUAAUGGAAAGAUCUUGCAAAGUUCAAUUAUUGGUUGAUUCAAGCAGUGUUCCAUAUACCGUAAUUGGGGAAGCUGAAGCAAGUUUCACUGAACAUAUUACGGGUGAUCCAGAGUCCUUGUACACUGAUUUUCAACCAGAUUAUGAAGUUGAGUUGGAGGAGGCCAAGACAUCAUUCCUAUUUAAUUAA